AUGUUUGAUGAAAAGUAAUAUGAUGCAGUAUAAUCUUAAAAUGUAGGAUCAAAUGAAUUUGGAUCCAAUAAUAUACUUGAUGAGAAAUAAUUGGGGCCUGCUCCAUAAAUUGAAAUCAAUUUAGAAUAUAAACCAAUAACUAUUGAUCAAAUGCAAAAAUAAAAGGUGGUACCGAAAAAAUAAUCGUCUUAUAAAGGGGCAGUUUUAACUCUUUUUAAAACCUUUGUUGGUUCAGGCAUACUAGCAUUACCUUAUAGUUUUGCAUAAGGAGGAUAUAUUCUAUCAACUAUAGUAUUUGUGCUUCUAAGUUUACUAAUAAAUUAUUAGUAAGUUAACUUCAUUAUGAUGGCUGAUAAAUAUAGAUAACCGAAUUAACUCUUGGAUUAUUCAAAAUUCAUAGAAAUUACAUUAGGUGCAACAUAUAGAUCUUUAAGUAAAUUAAUUGUAGGUAGUAUGUAAUGGGGAUGUUGUAUAAGUUAUGUUAUUUUUUUUAUGGAGUUUUUUGAAAUCGCCUUUUAUGGAAAUGCUUAAUCAACCUUUUAGCAUUAAUUAUAUUACUUAUUAAUUGCCCUGUUAAUUUUACUGCCUAUGACACUUAUAUAAAAUAUGGCUGUAUUUACAAAAAUUAGUGCUAUAGCAAAUUUAUUAAUAGUUUUCCCUUUGGCUAUGAUUAUGAUUUCAGCCAUACAAACAAUAAUAGAUGAAAAUUAUCCUGAGAAAUACAAAAUGAUUGACUUUUCAGGAUUAUCUACUAUGAUUGGAGUCUCUAUUUAUUCAUUUGAAGCAGUUGGAGUUCUUUUGAAUAUCCAAUCAUCAAUGUAAAAGAAAGAAAAGUUUUAAAGAUUAUUAUAAAUAACUACAAUAGGGGUUGUGUUUUUGUUUAUUAUAUUCUCUUUAGUUUGUGGAUAUGGAUAUGGAAGAAAUAUCAAUUAAAUUGUAUUAUUUAAUUUAUCAGGUAAUCACUUUAUGGCAAUUGUAUAAAUAAGUUAUGCAAUUGGAUUAUUACUCUCAUUUCCAGUAUAAUUAUUGCCUGCAUUUUAGAUAUUGGAAGAAAAUGAAAGAGUUAAAUCUUUUGUAAUAAUUAAAUAUUAAUUUUUAGAUUAAUAAAAGUUAAGAUUAAGCGAACUGUAAAAGAAUAAUAAUAAGAAUGGUUUAAGUACUUCUUUUAAGUUUUAUUGCUAUGUUUAUUCCCUAAUUUGCUGUGUUUUUGUCUUUUGUUGGAGGAUUCUCUGGAAGUGCUCUUUAAUUCUGUUUUCCAUUAAUGAUUUAUAGAAAAAAUUUCUAUGAAAGUUAACCAGUAAGAUAAAGGACUACAUAUUGUUGUUUAAUGAUAGUAGGAAUCAUAAUUGGAGGUUUUGCAGCUAUAAAUUCUCUUAUAUUGUUAAUUUAAGGAUGA